CUUCAGUAGGCCUAUUCAUCACGCUCUGCUGGGCACUUCUCGAAUUACUUUACAGGUUAAUUUUAGCGGUAGAAAUUAAAAGUCCAAAGAUCUUGGGAAUGACCUGUGUGCUCUUGGGGCUUCCCUUUAAUAGCAGACAACAAUGACGGAUACCGAACAGAAACCAAGGUUAGAAGAUAUGAACGAGACAUUCACGUAUAUCGGAGUUUCGCCGGAAAUGGAGCAGAAACCUGUGAUUGGGUGGACCAACAAAUUUAUUGGCACGAAUAACAACAACCCUCCGACUGCUUCGGGUCAAGUUGAAGAAGGUAGUUGCAACCAGCCGGUUAGUCAGUGUGCCAUUUGCGGUGACAGAGCCACAGGAAAGCAUUAUGGCGCGGCAAGCUGUGAUGGGUGCAAGGGCUUCUUCCGACGAAGUGUACGUAAGAACCACCAGUAUACGUGUCGAUUCUGUAGGAUGUGCGUGGUGGAUAAGGACAAACGAAAUCAAUGCAGAUAUUGUCGAUUAAAGAAAUGUUUCAGAGCAGGAAUGAAAAAAGAAGCCGUCCAGAACGAACGUGAUAGGAUCAGUACACGGAGGACAAGUUACGAAGAAAGUAUACAAGGUGGUGGGUUAAUGGGUGUAGCGACACUAGUCAAUGCCGAGAUGAUGUCUAGGCAGCAAGCACUGGCACCAGUCCCUCUACCUGAGAACAUUGUAGCGUCCAAAAAAAUAGCCAGCUUGAAUGACAUAUGUGAGAGUAUGAAGCAACAGCUACUUAUCCUGGUAGAGUGGGCCAAGUACAUCCCAUGUUUUGGAGACUUGCCAUUAGAUGAUCAGGUUGCGUUGUUGAGAGCUCAUGCUGGGGAGCACCUGUUGAUGGGCGUCGCUCGACGAUCCACACCCCUUAAAGACUUCCUACUCCUAGGAAACGACUUAGUGAUACCAAGACACUGUCCUGAACUAGAGGUCAGCCGUGUGGCUGGACGGAUACUUGAUGAACUUGUUCGACCAAUGAGAGAUGUGCUUAUAGAUGACCAAGAAUUCGCUUGUCUCAAAGCUAUAGUAUUCUUUGAUCCAGGUAAUGCAAAAGGCCUGAGUGAACAGAUGAAAAUCAAAGCCAUGCGAUAUCAAGUUCAGAUCAAUUUAGAAGAUUACAUCAAUGACAGACAGUAUGACUCUAGAGGGCGCUUUGGUGAGAUCCUACUCUUACUGCCGACUCUGCAGAGUAUAACGUGGCAAAUGAUUGAGCAGAUUCAGUUUGUGAAGCUUUUUGGUGUUGCAAAAAUUGACAAUUUACUGCAAGAAAUGCUGCUUGGAGGUGCACACACUGAUGGUCAACAACAGACACCAUUGGUCAGUACAGCUGGUCAAGCACAUGAACACCUUGAGCCAAUCACCAACGGCCACUCGAGCCAUCCAGGAACACCGCCUACUAUUAGUCCAGCCCCGCCAUCAUCCAUUCACCAUGCUGCAUCUGACAGCUACAAGCUCCAUCAGCAUACCCAUAAUGCAACACAAGUGGCCGUACCGAUACACCUUCCUAAACAGGAAAUUGUCUGAGGCAACGUAAUGUUCGUGUACUUAUGUUUUUAGUGAAUAAUUUAGAUGGAUUCAUCCUGUUGCAUACUUCGUUGCAGAAUGUCGUUAUGUCCUUAUAUAACGUGUUUGAGGUUCAAUACAAGUCUUAUUUGGUAAUUUAAGUUUAAUAUAAUUAGUCUUCUACUGUAUUAUGUACUAUAAUACAUUAUGUGGAAUUUAAUAUAAAAAAAAUUGUAAUAUAUUUUACUGAGACCAUAGAAUGUCUUUUUAAGUUGGUUUUGUGUAUAAUUACAAAGAGAAGGACUACCAAAGGAAUUAUUACGAUAAACUUGAUUCCAAAGCUAAAAGCCAAAGAAUAAAUGUUAGAUAAAUAAUAAAUUACAUUUCGAAUAUAUCAUAUAAAUUUUCUUUGAUUUACUCAUAGACCUAUGAAGUGUGGUAAUGAUAAAUACUUUUCUGUGUCUGUAAUUAGAAAGAGAAAAUGAUAUUGACUUGUUAAAUUACCACGUGUCACUUUCUUUUGUAAUUUAAUAUAGAAUUUAUGAAAAAUAUAAAGAAAUUCUCAGGAAAAUACUUUCUAAAUAUUCAGGAAAUAAUUUCUAACAUAAUUCUUAAUCACGAAAUAUGGCGCUUAUUAGAUAAUUAUUAAUUAAUCACUGCUUGAUUUAUAAAAAAAAAUGUUUAAUUAAAUUUUGAUAUGUUGACUAUUAAGCUCGGCACUUGCUGCAUCGUACGAUGAAUCCAACUCCGCUUCUUGUGAGCGCUAGACGAUGCCGUGUGCUGAUUGUCGGUGGCAAUCAGAAUGGACCAUCAUUAAAACGAUCCGUUGCGCACGAGUCGCUGUGUUGCGUUCUUCAUAGAAUCGCAUAGGUGACAAUCACAAUAGACUGUCGUUAAAAACGAUUCGUUGCGCGCGAGUCGCCUCGUUGAAUUCUUCAUAGAAUCGCGUCAGUGGCAAUCAGAACGAACUGUCCUUAAAACAAUCCGUUGCGCGUGAAUCACCGCGUUGUGUUCUCCAUUGAAUCGCGUUGGAUGAUGACCGUCAGACUAAGUGAGUGCCUGGCUUUAUAUAGAAAUGUGUAUUUCUUUUCUCUUUGCCAAAUAUGCUACUGGUCUCUGGUAAAAUUUUAAAUGUUCCAAAAUAAAAUAUCAAUAUUUAAAUAUAAACUGGAGCAAUAUUUUCUUUUAGAUUUAUUCAUUUUGGAGGAAGAUUUAUUUUUAAUGAAUCACUAGUGCCUUUGUAAAUAUUUUGUUUAUUAUUAUUACCAGUAUAGUAAUAAUAAUAAUAACAGAAUUAGGUAAUGUACAGUGUGUCUUGGUGAUCGUAAUUAUUGUAAAAAUAAAAAAUCUUGCCGGAUGUUAUGAAUGUUUUUGUUUGAAGGCAUACACUGUUCGCCAAUGUUGUGCUGGGAAUAUGGUGCUGUAUUAAACAUAGAAGGUAGCAUUGGUUUCAAGACAGUGGCAGACCAGGAGUAGGGUGGGGAUGUAUUCACAGUACUGCCUUCUACUGUAUUUGGAACAACUGUUGCUAAUAAUUAAAAAGCAACAAUAUGAAAUAUGUAUUUUCUGCAAAGAACAAAUUAUGGAUAGAGAUACCAAAGUGUGUAUUUAUCUAGGUCUUAGUUCCCACCCCCUCAUGUGUAUAAUAUGCCUGGGUCUGCCACUGUAGCAUUCAGCAUUACAGCUAUUGGUUACUACCUUUUAUGUGGUUACAAAAUUGUUGAUUGUGAGAGCUAGGUUCGGUAGUGUCGAAGCAAGGUAAUGGCAUAUGAAAGAAAAUUCUCCACAUUGUAAAAAAAACAGUUUGAGUUAUCAUGUUGUUCCUUGAAGUUAAAGCCCCACUAAACUGGAUAACAUAGCAGAAAACUGCUUGCUCAAACUUUAUUUUGUUAGCUGUUGUUAGCUUUCUGCAUGUUAUGUUUAAAAUACUUAAACACUUAAUACUGUAAUAAUAAUUAGAUUCAGCAUAGAUUUUUAAGAUUCAUAUUUUAAUCAAAAUCAGAAUGUAUAAAGAAUCUUCUAUUACCUAGAUUUUCACGAUCCCAUUUAUUUGUAAAGGUAAAACAUAUUUUAAUUAAUUGAGCUAAAAGAUGAUUUAUACUAUAGAAUACGUUCAUGGAGUGGCGCUGUAUUUUUGUGGUGAAAGUUCCUUUCAAUUCAAAAAGACCUGGGUUGAAAUACUGUGAGGUGCCAAGAUUUUUUUUUUCUCAUUAAUAAAACAAUUUCCCUCCCAAAGCCUUAAGACAAUAUCAGUGGUGGAUCCAGGAAUACAUAGUAGAGGGGGGCCCAGGGAGGGACUUUCACAGAUGCAGAGUUUAGACCACCUCAGCCCCACCAUGGUUGGGGCUGAGGUAAACAAAGUUAUGAUUAUGGCACCUAGAUGGCUGGAAAUGGCCUUCUCCUACUUAUAUUUUUAUUAAAAUUUAGGGGGCUCUGGCCCCCCCUCCUUGUAUCUGCCAAUGUUAUAGAACAUUAUCCCUUCAUGUAAGUGCAAAGGUUAGGUAAUUUCCUAUUGGAUGUGAAACAAUGAUUUUGAAGUACUACUUAAGCAUUUCUUGUUUCAUGUUAUAAUAAUUGUUUUUGUAAAGAUUUGUAAAGCCUUUUUUUAUGAACAGAACAACGUGCAUGGCCUCAGUGUAUAUUAACUUUUACAGUUAGAUGAAUUACAAUGACAGGUUGUAUACCUAUGGGGCUAUUGCACCAAUUGAAAAUCGCCUUAAUUUUUGUUUCUUAUGAGCUUGAUAUCUCAUGAUGUUGUGUAGGAUUAAAAACUCUUCUCUAAAUAAUACUCAAUUUACACAAGAUAAAAUAUUACAUGGGAUGGCCAUGUUCACACUAGGGCAUUUUGAUCCUGAUCAGAAGCUACCCAUUACCUUAAAUGUUAGCACUUCUGAAGGGAAAGGUGACCUUGGAUUUAUCUAGAUGAUGCUAACUGUUAGGUGUUUUGUACAAACAUAGCCUAAACAUUAAAAAGAAUUUCUGAGAUAGCCCUAUUUGUACGCCUGUUGUCUACAGAAAAGUGAAUAUAAACCUUGCUAAAAGUCAGUGCAAUUUAUGCACAGGUUGUAAAGAUACAAGCAACGCCAAAGAGUAAAUAUAAGCUGCACCCCCAUGAACAUCUGCAUAAAUCCUUGCUAAAUAUCUCAGGCCUCUGUGAUGUUAUUUUUUUUUAUGGAUAUUAGCGUUUACAGGAUGCGUGCUUGCCAUUAAGCUGGGGACCCAUGCUAGAAUUUUCCAAGCCGGGGACGCAUGUUAGAAUUUUCCUAGAUGGCGACACAUGUAAUAUUUUUUUUUCUUGUGUCAGUAGGGUAUAAGAGUAUGUACUGUAAUGUUAAAAGUGUAUAUAUACUGUAGUUAAAAAUCUAUACCAAUGCAAAUUGUUACCAGGAUAAAAGUUCAUUAAAAGUAGUCGACAUAAAGACAAACACCACAACAAAGAUAACUAUUUAAAGCGUGCACAUGUCUAAUGUAGUUUAGUUUGAGUAUGUUAGAAUAAGUAUUUAAGAAAUAGUUGUUAAUUUUGUUUACUGUGUAGUUAAAAAUCUAGAAUUGCUGCUUCUCAUCUUUCUGCACAUGCGCUGCUACUGAUUAACCUGCAUUAUGGGUAAAACACAUCACUUCCCACAAUGCAUUAUUGUGUUAUAUAUAAUUGAUGUCAUCGUUGUAGAUAUUGUAUCCGAUUCAGUGUAAUAAUACCAAUAGAAAACUCAUUCCAAUCAUAUUUUGAUGAUCUUUUUAAAUGAAAAAUAGUUUAAUUUUUAUGAAUUCUUUGAUUACUGAAGUACUAUUUUAUGAUAAGAAGUGUGUAAAAAUCAAACAAAAUUAUGUGCAAUAAAAAAUGUGAAGAUA